AUGAGCCAGUUUGAUACUCCCACUAAAGUACCAAAAAGAAGAUUCGUUGGUGUUGCUUCCAGUCGUCAGACGUCCAGUAAUACAUCAUCGGAAUCCACUACAGAAGUUGUUCGUAAGGUUAGGUCCAAGGUUAAUACCCAUAGAACUGUAAACCAAGUACCUCAGGAGAUUUUGGAUGAUGAAGAAUUAAAUGAAGCUAUUAAGCUACUUCCCUCGAACUAUAAUUUUGAAAUACAUAAAACCGUAUGGAAUAUUCGUAAGCACAAUGCGAAAAGAGUUGCUUUACAAAUGCCAGAAGGUCUGCUGAUUUAUUCGUUGGUGAUAAGUGACAUCUUAGAGCAGUUCUGUGAAUGUGAAACGAUUGUCAUGGGUGAUGUUUCUUAUGGCGCGUGUUGUAUUGAUGAUUAUACGGCUAGAUCUUUGGGUUGUGAUUUUAUAGUCCAUUAUGCUCACUCAUGCUUAGUUUCAAUAGAUGUUACUAAAAUCAAGGUUUUAUACAUCUUUGUUACAAUAGCUAUUGAUGAAUUGCAUUUGAUUAAAACCCUACAAAAGAACUUUCCAAAAGGUAGCAGACUAGCUGCUUUCGGAACUAUCCAAUUCAACCCAACUAUUCAUAGCAUUCAGGAUAAGCUUUCCAACUCAGAAGAACACAUGCUUUAUAUAACGACACCUCAGAUUAAGCCAUUGUCUAAAGGUGAAGUUUUGGGUUGUACAUCUAAGAGAUUAGACGAGAAGCAAUACGACGCGAUGGUUUAUGUCGGUGACGGAAGAUUUCACCUUGAAAGUGCUAUGAUUCAUAACCCAAAUAUUCCGGCUUUCCGUUAUGAUCCAUAUAGUAGAAAAUUUACUAGAGAGCGCUAUGAUCAGAAGCAGCUUGUUGAUGUAAGAUCUAAUGCUAUCGAGAUAGCAAAAAAUGGGAAGGUAUUUGGAUUAAUCUUAGGCGCCUUGGGAAGGCAAGGAAAUCUAGCUACAGUAGAGAAUUUGGAGAAGAAGUUGAAAGCUGCAGGUAAAACAGUUGUAAAAGUCAUUCUAAGUGAAAUAUUCCCUCAAAAACUCGCAAUGUUUGAUCAUAUUGAUGUAUUUGUUCAAGUAGCGUGCCCAAGGUUAUCAAUUGACUGGGGCUACGCUUUUAAUGUACCAUUACUUACGCCAUAUGAAACAAAUGUUAUGUUAGAUUUUGAUCGUAUGUUUACUCAAAAGUAUUAUCCCAUGGAUUAUUACGAAGUCAAUGGCUAUGGACGUGGGAAAGUUCCUUCUCAUGAUGACGUAGUUGUGUAA